UACGUCAUAUGCGUCAUGACGUUACUGAAAUAAAUAAACUUUCUGAGUGCGUAAGCGGUGCACUGUGCAUAGCGAGCAGUCAAUAAUAGAAAAAUGUGGGGGUAAACUAGUGUUUGGAGUUUUGCUGUAAAGUUUCGCGUAAUAUGGGGUGUUUUAAAGGACCAUGCUGUGUUAACGGAGCCCGAGGAAACAUUAGGAGAUGUCAGUGACAUUGUCGUGCUAAGUUACAGCUAACAGCUAGCAGAGGAAGCAGCCAUGGCUGAGGCUGGAGCUCAUCUGACCUCCACGGCUGUGAAUGAGCAGCCGUCAAUCUUUGAGGUUCUGGCACAGGAGUCUCUGAUGGACGCGGUCAAACCUGCUCUGAGACAUGCUGUCAAGGUUCUGGCAGAGUCCAACCCGUCCCGCUUUGGCUUCCUGUGGCAACGCUUUGAUGAGCUCUACUUGGUGCUGGACCUCCUCCUCCAGAACCACUUCCUGUCUCAGUGCAGCGCCUCCUUCUCUGAGAACUUCUACGGCCUGAAAAGAGUUUCAGGAGGGCAGGGAUUUCCUGUUCACCUGGGGCUGCGUGGGAAACCAUACUGGCGUUCUCUUCUUCUUCUCUGCCUGGUGCCAUACCUGCGAGCCAAGCUGGAGGUGAUGCUGGCACGGCAGAGGGAUGAGGUGGACUUUUCCAUCCAGCUAGCGCAGACCAGGAGACAGAGGCUGUACCGGGUGGCCAUGGCAGCAUACCCAUACGUCAGCACAGCCUGGCAGGCCUGGAUAUUCUGCCAGCAGCUGCUUUUUAUCUUUGGAGUGACCAGGACCCAUAGUCCAUUGCUGUGGCUGGCCAGAGUGAAACUGGCUCGACUUAACACCCAAGACAUCAGAGACAUGGAGCUAAAGACCAGCAACACUGGCAGCCCAGCUGGUGGGAGCUUGGUGCAGAGAGUGUGGUGGCUGACGACACAAGCAGCAAGGGGCGUGGCUGUUUCCCUCUCCACCUCUCUCUCUCUGGGUGUCUUCUUCCUGCAGUUCCUGGAGUGGUGGUACUCCUCUGACAACCAGAGUACUGUGAAAGCCCUCACCUCCCUGCCUGUUCCUCCGCCCCCCCUCCACCUGCAAGAGUCGCCGCCAUCUAUCUCAGCCAAUCACAGCGACGAAACCCAGCCAGGCUCUGACAGCAGGAACUGCCCUCUGUGCCAGAAGCGCCGUACAAAUGCUACUGUGCUGUCCACCUCUGGCUUUGUCUUCUGUUACCGCUGCAUCUACACGUAUGUGAAAGUCAAACGCCGUUGCCCGGUUACCGGAUAUCCCACUGAACUGCAGCACCUCAUCAAGAUCUACUCACCGGAGGGCUAGACCACGGCUGCUUGUUUCGCUCUUCAGCUCCAGGGCUCGCUCUGGUUGAAACACUGUAUAUAUUUUUGAGACAAGCACAUUGUGUUUCUUUUGUAUAAAAUGGACUUUCCAAUGUACUUUUAAUUUUGUGGUAAAUUUUGUAGUGAUAUUAAUCUAUUAAACAUGAAGCUUAAAUUCUAUUUCAGAUUGAAU